GGGAGGCCAAGGCCAAUCAAGCCUUGCCAAUUUUGAUCGGACAGAGAGAGAGAGAGAGGUACGAGAGCACAUCGAAGCAGAUACCGAGAGAGAAAAAGAUGAGGAAGUUCGAUCCCUGGCCCGUUUUCUUCCGCCGUGAAUGGAGUCGGAACUGGCCUUUCCUGGUCGGUUUCGCCAUAACCGGCACCAUCAUCACCAAGAUGUCUCUCGGCCUUACUGAGGAGGAUGCGAAGAACUCCCCUUUCGUGCAGAGGCACAAGAGGUGA